AUGAAUAAAGAGCUAACGAAAUUGCCACAAGGAUUAAUUCAUAGACCACCAGCUAAUCCAAUAUUUAAUAAACCAAAUGCAACAUUAUCAAAUCCAUUAGCCACAGAAAAUCCUAAUGCAUCGAAAUACCUACAAAUGGACAACUUUAUUAGCACAGCGUCUCAAGCUGAGAUAGCAAAUAGUUUGUUAUAUCCUAAUCUCACAGUAUUGGAUGGUGGUCAAAAUACUUGA